CCGCUGCCCGGCGCCGGCCCUGCACUCGGAGCCGCGGCCGCCGCCGCCGCAGCCAACUCGGGCCCAAGUUCCCGGCCGCGGCGGAGAGGAGCGCGCAGCCGGCGACCCGAGCCCUGCGCCAGGGCCCAGCCUCCUCUGCUCGGCCACCGCCCGCGCCCCGCCUCCGCCCUGCAGGCUCGGUCCGGGCGCUGCGCGGGAGCCUCGGGCAGGGAGCGCGGGCUCGGCGGGAGCGACUGGCCGAAGCCCGGAGCCGGGCGGACGUUCGGUGGGACCCGAGCGCAGCGCGAAGAGUCGGUGUACCGGUCACCCCGGCCCCGCGGGCACUCGAAGGGCCGGGCCGGGCGAAGAGCGAGCCGGAGCCCGCGGGCCUGACAAGCCGCGGACGCGCAGGGAGCCCCGUCUUGGAAGCCGUCGGUCCCCGGGGUCUUCCCCGAGCCCCGGGGAGGGCGAGGGGACCAUGCCCAGCCCGCCACUCCUGCUCGCCGCUGCUGCAGCCCUGCUCGCCAGCUGGGCCCCGCUCCCCUCUGAGGCCAGCUCCUGGUGGUCCUUGGCCAUGAACCCGGUGCAGAGACCUGAGAUGUUCAUCAUCGGAGCCCAGCCCGUGUGCAGCCAGCUCCCUGGGCUGUCCCCCGGCCAGAGGAAGCUGUGCCAGCUUUACCAGGAGCACAUGGCCUACAUAGGGGAGGGGGCCAGGACAGGCAUCAAGGAGUGUCAGCACCAGUUCCGGCAGCGACGGUGGAAUUGCAGCACCGUGGGCAAUGCCUCUGUCUUUGGAAGGGUCGUGCAGAUAGGGAGCCGGGAGACGGCCUUCACCUGCGUGAGCGCUGCCGGGGUUGUGAACGCCAUCAGCCGCGCCUGCCGCGAGGGCGAGCUGUCCACGUGCGGCUGCAGCCGCGCACGGCCCAAGGACCUGCCGCGGGACUGGCUGUGGGGCGGCUGCGGGGACAACGUGGAGUACGGCUACCGCUUCGCCAAGGAGUUUGUGGACGCCCGCGAGCGGGAGAAGAACUUUGCCAAGGGGUCGGAGGAGCAGGGCCGCGUGCUCAUGAACCUGCAGAACAACGAGGCAGGCCGAAGGGCUGUGUAUAAGAUGGCAGACGUAGCCUGCAAAUGCCAUGGCGUUUCGGGGUCCUGCAGCCUCAAGACCUGCUGGCUGCAGCUGGCUGAGUUCCGCAAGGUGGGGGACCAGCUGAAGGAGAAGUAUGACAGCGCAGCCGCCAUGCGCAUCACCCGCAGGGGCAAGUUGGAGCUGGUCAACAGCCGCUUCAACCAGCCCACCCCCGAGGACCUGGUCUACGUGGACCCCAGCCCGGACUACUGCCUGCGCAACGAGAGCACAGGCUCGCUGGGCACGCAGGGCCGCCUGUGCAACAAGACAUCGGAGGGCAUGGACGGCUGCGCGCUCAUGUGCUGCGGCCGUGGCUAUGACCAGUUCAAGAGCGUGCAGGUGGAGCGCUGCCACUGCAAGUUCCACUGGUGCUGCUUCGUCAGGUGCAAGAAGUGCACGGAAGUUGUGGACCAGUUUGUCUGCAAGUAGCUGGGGCCCCAGUCCUGGCUCCCUCUGCUCCGCCUCACAGAAGUCUAUAUUAUAUAAAUCUAUAUAAAUCUAUUUUAUAUUUGUAUAAAUAAACGGAUGGAUGGUAAAUAAUUAGAAGAAGAAAAUGGAGAGGAAAAGCUUAUUUAAAUGACACUGGAGGUGGUGGAGGAUAGGACUUGGCUGGUUCUCUGCUCCCAGUGGGUGGGCAAAGCGCUUUGUGCCUCCCUCUGGUGGCGACUCUCAAGUGUAGGGAUGUGGGACUGUCCACUGUCUGCCCUCCAGGGCCUAGAGGGGAGAGGUGGUGGUUGGAUGGAGAACUUGAUUUUGUCUGGAGUCUUUGCCAGGUGGGGCUGCCGUGCCAGCCCAGCCCCAUGCCAGGCAGCCCUGUGGAAGGUGGCAGGAACACAGCGUCACGCCUGGUGUUCACAUACUUGCCAAAUCCACAGUCACGGGAAAGGAGACAGGCCCUACGCCAUCUCCAACCUGGGGACCACGGAGGGAUAGCUCCUACCCAGAUUCUGGGCCUGUCCUUCCCGUGAGAAUGGCUCUUCCUCUACAGCUACAGCUCCUGCCCAGGGCUCUGUGCACCAGGAGGGAGAGGUUCUACCUGAUGGGUCAGCAAGAAUGCGGACUAAAUGCUGGUGCCCGAGCUGUGGAGAGCCAGGUGGUGGCCAGCCAGAAGCAUUGCACUGUUACACAGGGAACCGAGACUGACACUGCUCCGUGUCUCCCCACAAGGGAGGCUGGGUCAGGCUGAGUCAGGUCUCUGCUCCAGAUGUAGUUUCCCUCUAUCAUUAAACAUCCUCCACAGAAGUG